GGUUGCCUAGCACCACAUUCGUCUGCCUGGUCGUCCUUCCUCUAGGCUCAACUGCUCCGGUCGCCUCGCAACCACAGCUCGACGACAGGUGCUGGGACAGGGACAGAAGGUAUUCGCCUGCACUCGGGGGACGGCAGCAGCACCACCAACCGCUCUGAAAAACAAUGCUGCGAGGCAAGUCCCGGCUCAACGUGGAAUGGCUAGGCAACUCGCCUGGGCUACUCCUAGAGCGCAGGAGGCCCCUGCCAGAACGCAUGCCGCGCUGUCCGGGCCGAAAUGAAAGUUCAUUAGCAUCUACCCUGAAGACGCUCCUGUUCUUCACAGCUUUAAUGAUCACUGUACCUAUUGGGUUAUAUUUUACCACGAAGUCUUAUGUUUUUGAAGGCGCCUUUGGGAUGUCCGCUAGGGACAGCUAUUUUUAUGCUGCUAUUGUUGCCGUGGUCGCUGUCCACGUGGUGCUGGCCCUCUUUGUCUAUGUGGCCUGGAAUGAAGGCUCUCGACAGUGGCGUGAAGGCAAACAGGAUUAAAGUGAACGUCACCUUUUGAUAGCAUUACAUUGAGUUCAUUGAGUUGUUUAAAUGGUAAUGCAUCAGGGAUACUGAUGGUUCCAAUAAAGUUGAAAGAAGGUGUUAAAAUCGAUCUUAAGGAGUCAUGUUUGACUAGUGUAAAUUUUGAUCCUUCUAACACAGUGGUUUGCAUCAUCAAUUUUAACUGUAUGAGCCUCUCAUGUGCAACUGAGAAUUUGGAAAAGUUAAAUUGGUUACAAAUAAGUAUGUUAAUUAUACAUCAUUCUGGGAAGAAUUUGAUUAUUUUACAAAAAAUGUUUUAUAGCACUUUGUCUUUUGGUGGGUUUUGAGUUUUACUUUUCUGGGUAUAUUAAGAUGUACACAGCAAAGCAAGUCUGAACUUUAUUUUUCAUUGGAAUGCUUUCCCUAACUGUCAUGAACAUACAUACCAGGUCAUUGGGUUUUGGAUUGUAAAUUCCUAUGGAAACUUGCUUAAAUUGUGGAUGCUGGGAAUAAUCUGAAUGUCUCUGAGAAAUUUCAAGUAAAGUGUAAUCCCUAGUCAAUAGGAAUCUUUCAUUACAUUAUUUCAUGGGGAAACUAGGCUGAGUUCCACCAAUUUUACACAAACUGGUUACUGAAGGAUCUCAAUAGCAAAGCAGAGCUAAUUGCCUGGACUCUGGUCAGCACCCUAAAGGCUCCUUGCAGGCCAGUCUGUGCUUUCAGAUCAACUCUUUAAUAAUCUGCUUUGCUCUGUUGAUCAACAGUGAAGCUUUAGUUACCAGGUUUGUGUAAAUUCCCUGUAAAUUUGUUUUUCCUACUGUUUUAUAUAAUGUAUAUGAUGGCAAUUUACAUUUAAGUGUUCAUUUUUGCAUACUUAGGGAGUGUAAACAAUCCUGAAAAUAGAUAGUUUUUAUCACCCAGGAAGUAUUCUUGGGAUUUCUAGUCUAGUCUUUUCAAUCAGAGCCUUUAAUAUCCCAGAUACAUAUAGUUAGAUAAUCCUUCAGGUCCUUUCUGAUAGAAAAAAACCCUGUGGUUUUACUUGACUAUCGUUAGUCUGUGUUCUUUCUAGCCACUUGGUACUACUUGUAUGCAAUCUAAAAGCCCACCCAGAAAAAUGCAUAUUACAACAGGAAGAACAUUUAAAUUCCCUGUAAUUUUGCCACCUGGAGAUAAGCACUGUUUUGGUUUAUAUCCUGUGUACAUUUCUUUAAUGCUAGUUCCAUACACACUAAAAGUUUGGAUUAAGUUUGAAUUCUGCCAACUUUACCUGACAGCUAGUUCCAUUUUUUUUCACGAGUGAUUGAUUAGUGGCCAUUUUCUAAAAAAAACACAUUCUACCUUUACUCUUUUUAAGUCGGUAUCUCAUUGUUCAAAUUACCCGUUAUUGCUAAUUCCUAAUACAGUAGCCCUUUCUGUGUUUGUCAUUAAUUUGUUCACCCCUAUUUUUAAUGUUGUGGAACUGGAUUCUUGCUUAUAGUUAAUGCUGUCUAUAGUUUAAAUGUCUUUAAGCAGUUAAUCUAAAUGUUAAGUGUUUUCUUUAAAAAAAGAAAAAACACUGCAGGUUUAGUAUAAAAUUGUAGAGUACCCCAAUUUGAGUCUGGGGUGCUGUGGUGAAUUUCUAGAUGGUCCCCUCUUUAGAUGUCUUGUUGUACUUGGAAUUGUUGUCCAUGUAGUUUCCUUUUCUAUAAUGCCAAGGUUUUUCUUAUACUUUCUGGAUCUUAAUGCAGUUUGUAAAAUAUUAAUGUCCAAUGUUGGAUUAUUUUGUUUGAUUUCAGACAUUUGCUGGGUAAAUAAUAUGGGUAUUUUUCUGCACCUACUUAAACCAGGGAUUCACGCAAAAGCAGUUGUAAUUUCCUCUUGGAAAAAGUACCAAGUGUUUGAAAUUUAGAAUCGGAUGCUAGUGUUGAUAUUUAGGAUUAUUACAGUAUAGGUCUCUUUUGAAACUAGUUAAUUUUUUCCCGGGUUUUAACUGUUAACUCGUUAGUUUGCUGCUGUUGAAAUAACAUGAUAUUUGACAUAGAUUUAUUUUUUAAGAUGUCUCACUGGUUUCCUGUUGCACAGUGUACAUACUUUAGGAUGUAUAGAAAGGAAAGCUACAAUUGAGCCCUCACAAAUGUUUUAAGGUAGGAAUAUGUUCACUGUUGUUCGAAAACUGGUUGUAAGAAUAACCUCAGUUAUGAAGUGUAACUUGAAAUGUCAGUAUAGGCUCCUGAUUUAACCCCACUUACUGUAACACAUUACCUUCCUCACCUCACCUCCCAUUUUGCCCCCCAGAAUAUAAUCUUUUUCCCCUAUUGUGCUGGAAACUGAAAAGUCUGCUGCAGAAUGCAUCUGAUGUCAUUAGCUCUUCAAAUGGUUACCAUUUUACAUGUAGCAGCAAUGCUCACUUUUGAGUUGUCACUGAGGAAAUUUAAACCUUCCAUUAAAGAAUCCCAUGUUUCAUGGGAAUCUAACUGAAAUACAUUGUAAUAAUUAGACUGUUUUCAUCAUAAAAAUCUCAUUAGCUUUGCCAGAAGAGGAUCCUGAUUAACUUACUUGGUAUUUAUUUUCCAUUUUCACAUAAAUUUUAUAUAUACAUCUAGAAUACCCAUGGAGACGAGUGAAAACAAAUAAGGUGUGCCCAAGGAAAGGUGAAAGCUGAAGGUGCGUGAAACAAAGGAUUGAAAUCCUGUUUUAACUGUAUUAGUGUGUAUUUCUUGUCUCCGGACAAGUUAUGUGUAUGUAUGUAUGCUCAAAUGAAGUUGUAGACUCUUGUUGUGUGGCCCCUUUUAUAAAUGAUUCGACUAUGGCACCAACUUUGUCACUUGUCUUAGGUCAGCAGCAGAUUUCUCUGUUGACAAGCACUCUGCACCCUGCACCAGAAAAGUACAACUUAAUUAAUUCAGACUCAACUCUUACACAUUUAAGAUAAAUUUUGCAAGAGCUGGGCAGAAGCAGCACAUGAAUAACUUGACAGGAUUUUUUUUUCCUCUUUGCAGGGGGAAAGAGUCACCCGAGAAAAUAAUUUUCAGGGACUUUGGGCACCUAGUAAUAAAUACUACAUGGAAUAGAAAUAGCUUAAUCUCGUAUAUAUUUAUUAAAAUAGUUUGGAAUUCCUCAUCUUACCAUCACUCCUGUCCACGCUUUCCUUGCCUGUUUUGUCGCUACAUGUACUUGAAAGUUAUAUCUGCAUUCCUUUUAAGAUGUUCUACAAGUCAUAUUUGUCAGUUACACAGACUAAUCUUCCUUUUUCUCAAGUUCAGUGAAAUGUCACUGAAGAGUAAUAAUAGCAAUAGCUAACAACAUCUGCACAGCACCUUACAGUUGCAAAGAACGUUCACAUAUUCUCGUUUGAAUUUUGCAUAGUGAACCUGUUAUGAGAUGUCUCUUGACAUCAAUGCUUAAAAGUGUUAGAAUGUUUAAGUCACUAGAGUCAUUGAAUGUGCUAUAGUCUUGAAUAGAGCCCUGACUUGGGGCAGGCUUUAGAUGCGCUAUGUUGAAAGCUGUGUGUAAUUAUCAAAAUGGGGGGCUUGGGUUCUUUAGCCACUUGAUUCAGGUUUACUUUUGUUAAGUGAUGCUUUUUUUAAACCGUUAUCUGGAUGGAUUUUGUAGUCAUUGUAUUCUAGCCGGUAAUUUGUAUAAAUUUACCAUCUGUUGUCAUUAAAAAAAUGUUCAUAAUGC